UAAUCAACUCUUCCUGUUUUAAUUCUCUUUAACAAACAGAGUAAAAAAAGGUUUUUUUUUUUUUUGGUCCAACCCAAAUAUAGACUUUGUAUAGUAAGACAAAUGUUGGGUUGGGCCUUGGGCCGAGAAAGUGAAGCUCGAUGUGUAAAGAAAACCACUGAAUUUAGCAAAGACUCAUGUCGUUGUUGAAAUCAAAGCUGAGAGACCCUAUCUCGCCGCCGCCACCACCGCCGCGUUAUCUCCGGCCACCAUCUCCGUUCGCUGCUGUGUUAUCCUCCAUUAUCUGUCUAUUUCUGCUCUUUCUUCCUACUCUUGUUGGAUCUGUUAUUGCCUUGUUUUUAAUUUCAGAGCGUUCAGUGACUCCAUUUGAAUUCUUGCAUUACUACAAUUUACUCUAUUUUUCUUUGUUACUUUUAAUCAUAGGCUCGUGUUCUAUGGUUCUGUGCUUAGUACUGUGGUAACAUAAGUUUCAGACACCAAGAGAGAGUCCUACACAAUCAUGUGUUAACCUUUGUAAAUAUAUCUUUUUUGUUCUGCUGAAGUGUAGAAGAGAGAAAAUGAUGAUCGUGGCUGCAAGCUCCUGAACGUGUGUGUGUAGGGUUGAGAGUGAGGGUUUUGGUGAAUAGAAAAGAAAAAAUAAGUGGGGAAUUAAUUAGGAGGAAGGAGUGUGGUUUUUGUGAUUUCAGAAGCAAAUAUCAAAGAGUGGAGAACAGAAAUGUUAUACAUAAUUGGUUUAGGAUUGGGUGACGAGCAAGAUAUCACUCUCAAAGGUUUGGAAGCUGUGAAAAAAUGUGAAAAGGUUUACAUGGAAGCUUACACUUCCCUCCUUUGCUUUGGUCUCUCCACUGAUGGCCUCUCCAACUUGGAAAAGCUAUACGGUAAACCCAUUACUCUUGCUGACAGAGAAAUGGUAGAAGAAAAAGCCCAUGAAAUUCUUUCUGAGGCUCAUGAUGCCCAUGUUGCUUUCCUAGUUGUUGGGGACCCUUUUGGGGCUACUACUCACACUGACCUUGUUGUUCGAGCAAAGAAGAUGGGAAUUGAUGUCAAAAUAGUACACAAUACAUCUGUGAUGAAUGCAAUUGGAAUUUGUGGUCUACAGCUAUAUCGUUAUGGGGAGACUGUUUCCAUACCAUUCUUUACAGAGACAUGGAGGCCUGAUAGCUUCUAUGAAAAGAUUCAACAAAACCGAAUGAUCGGACUGCACACGCUUUGCUUGUUAGAUAUUCGGGUGAAGGAGCCCACACUAGAAUCUUUGUGCAGAGGGAAAAAAACCUAUGAACCACCCAAAUAUAUGACGGUAAAUACAGCCAUUGAGCAACUCUUGGAGAUUGUGCAAGUCCGUGAAGAACCUGCCUAUACUGAGGAUACUGAGUGUGUUGGGUUUGCUCGGCUUGGAAGUGAAGAUCAGUUGAUAGUAGCUGGAACAAUGAGGCAGUUGCAGUUGAUUGAUUUUGGAGCACCUUUGCAUUGCCUAGUUAUAACAGGCAAGACCCAUCCCUUGGAGGAAGAAAUGCUGGACUUCUACAGAUGCAGGACGUAGAUACAACAUUAAGACAGCAGAACCAGUUUAAUUCAGCAAAAAAAACUUGUUUAUUUGUGUUAUAGGAGCCCUUAUAUUUAUUUUGUUCUUUUUGUAUAAACUUUUUGGUUUCCAAAUAGAGCCAAAAGUUAGCAUUCAUUAGGGCUGAAUUAUGGCGUAGAGGGUUUUAGUUUGGUGAUACUACUGAACGAUCAAAACAUUUUUCUAAUCGGCAGAUCCUUCUAGUGAGACUACUAAAAAAGAUUUAGAUCUAAAUAACCUUUAAAGAAGUGGCUU